AUGGACACCAGGAAAGCAGGACCCUCCACAGGUAAAAUGGAUUCAGUUCGCUGUGACGGGGAUAGUGAUGACAGGCCUCUCCUUCCUCAGCCUCGCUGUAGGAUAGACGAGCGGGCGGCCUGCAGCCCCGCACGCACCGCAACGCCUGAGCCCGCGCAGACUCGCUUCUCAGUGCGAGCCGCCUCCGGACACGCCGCCUUCUCCUCCCGCGAGGCAGCGAGCGAGCGAGCGCCCGCCCGCCCGGCUGCGCGGCCCCAACGCGCGGGCUGCGCCGCCGCCCCGGGCGGGGAGCGGAGCGGAGCGGAGCGGGACGGGGGGGUCCGACCCGCUGUCACCAUUUCUGGGGCCCGGCGCGCUGGAGAGUUCCCCUCUCCGCCUCCAUCGCCUCAAAGACGGCGGCGGCGGCGGCGGCACAUUCAGGGACCUGGGCCGACUCUAAACCCUUCCGCCGCCGCCGCCGCCGCGGCUCCAGUGCCGCUCGGGGCAGCUGGGGAAGGAGGGGGCCGCCGCCGCCGCCGAGAGCAGCCGCCGCAGGGGGAGGAGGGUUCGCUGCUUCCCCCGUCCCCAGCCGCCGCCUGCGGGCCUCGGGCUGAGCCGCAGAGGCAGGCCCUGUCCACGGUGCCAUCCAGCAGUAGCAGCAGCCAUUACCCGGCCGCCGUCCAGAGCCCAGCGGCCGCCGCUGCAGCAGCGGGGAGAGGGGAACCAGCCUCAGCCAAGGCCAGGGCCGUCUGCAUCCUGCAGAAGCCGUCGCCUCUGCCCUGCCUGUCCUCGCUGUUCCUGAGCAGCCCCCGGCUCCCAGACAUGACCGCCAUCAUCAAAGAGAUCGUCAGCAGGAACAAAAGGAGAUACCAGGAGGAUGGCUUCGACUUAGAUUUGACCUAUAUUUAUCCAAACAUAAUUGCUAUGGGUUUUCCUGCAGACAGACUUGAAGGAGUAUACCGAAACAACAUUGAUGAUGUAGUAAGGUUUUUGGAUUCAAAACAUAAAAACCAUUACAAGAUAUACAAUCUAUGUGCUGAAAGACAUUAUGACACCGCCAAAUUUAACUGCAGAGUUGCACAGUAUCCUUUUGAAGACCAUAACCCCCCACAGCUAGAGCUUAUCAAACCUUUUUGUGAAGAUCUUGACCAAUGGCUGAGUGAAGAUGACAAUCAUGUUGCAGCAAUUCAUUGUAAAGCUGGAAAGGGACGAACUGGUGUAAUGAUUUGUGCAUAUUUGUUGCAUCGAGGCAAGUUUUUAAAGGCUCAAGAAGCUCUAGAUUUUUAUGGGGAAGUAAGGACCAGAGACAAGAAGGGAGUAACUAUUCCCAGUCAGAGACGCUAUGUGUAUUACUAUAGUUACCUGUUAAAGAAUCACCUGGAUUAUAGACCAGUGGCACUGCUGUUUCAUAAAAUGAUGUUUGAAACAAUUCCAAUGUUCAGUGGCGGAACUUGCAAUCCUCAGUUUGUGGUAUACCAACUAAAGGUAAAGAUAUUUACCUCCCCUUCAGGACCCCCUAGACGAGAAGACAAAUACAUGUACUUUGAAUUCCCUCAACCAUUGCCGGUGUGCGGUGAUAUCAAAGUAGAAUUCUUCCACAAACAGAACAAGAUGUUGAAAAAGGACAAAAUGUUUCACUUUUGGGUAAAUACAUUCUUCAUAGGACUGGAUGAAAAUUCAGACAAAGUAGAAAAUGGAAGUCUAGUUGGAGAUCAGGAACUUGAUGGUAUUUUCAGCACAGAACGCUCAGAUAAUGACAAGGAAUAUCUAAUCCUGACGUUAACAAAAAAUGAUCUAGAUAAGGCAAAUAAAGACAAAGCCAACAGAUAUUUCUCUCCAAACUUCAAGGUGAAGCUAUAUUUCACAAAAACAGAGGAGCCAUCAAAUCCAGAGGCUAGCAGUUCUGCUUCAGUAACACCGGACGUUAGUGACAAUGAACCUGAUCAUUAUAGAUAUUCUGACACCACUGACUCUGAUCCAGAGAACGAACCUUUUGAUGAAGAUCAGCAUACGCAGAUUACAAAAGUCUGAAUAUUUUUUUUUAUCUGGGGAGAAAAAACCACAAAGAGACAAACUUGAAUAAACUGAAAAAGGACCUUUUCAAAUGGCAAUAGAACAUUGUGUCAGAUUACCAAUUAUAGGAACAAUUCUUUCCUGACCAAUCUUAUUUUGCCCUAUAAAUCUACAGGGUUUGACAUUUGUUGUCCAGUUGAAAAAGGUUACGUAGCUAUGUUAUGUAUAUACCUUUUUGUGUCAAAAGGACAUUAAAAUUUCAAUUAGGAAAUAUAAAGAUGGCACUUUCCCAUUUUAUUCCAGUUUUAUAAAAGUGGAGACAGAUCUGAUGUGUAUGCGUAGGAAUUUUUCCUUUUGUGUCUGUCACCAACUGCAGUUGGGGGGGUGGGGGGGAAAGCUUUCUGAUAUACAGGUUCACAUCCUGCCCCUUUCUUUGCACUUAAGUGGCAACAGAUAAGUCCGCAGUUGGCUAAGAGAAAUUUCUAAAGGGUUGUACUACAUUCUGAUGCAUGUAUUCUGGAUAGGGGAAUGUAAAGUAAUGCUCUGAAAGGAAUAUAUUAUGCUGGACCCUGGACUAUGUACCGUAUCCGGCUACUUACAUGCACCUUUCUUUAGCAUGCUGCAGUAAUUAAUCCUGGACGUUUGAGGAAUUGGCCGCUGUCACUGCUUGUUGUUUGUGCAUUUUAUUUUUUUAAGCAUAAUGGUGCUAGAAAAGGCAGCUAGAGGGAGUGAUUCCAUAUAGGGGUACAGGAAUGAACCUUCCACAACAUCUUAAAGACCCACAAAUGAAGGGAUAUGAAAAUAAUGGGGUCACAGAUAAGAAACACAGCAACAAUGACUUAACCAUACAAAUGUGGAGGCUAUCAACCUAAAAUGGGCUUGAAACAAUUGUUCUAAAAAAGACAAUGAUUUAUUAAAUGUUUUUCUCAAUUGUAAUGGCUGCUCCAUCUCCUGUGUAAUCAAGGCCAGUGCUGAAAGUCAGAUGCUAUUAGUACAUACAUCAGUCAACAUCUUACUUAUUUUAUUAGUUUUUCAAUCAUAUACCUGCUGUGAAUGCUUCAUGUGCUGCAUUGCAAGCUUUUUUUCUCAUUAAAUAUAAAAUAUUUUA